AUCCCUUACCAGGUCCAGAAGAUACAACUUCGAAUAUAGCUUCUGUUUGGUUAGCAGUAGUGACGUCUGUAGUUUACAUGAGUAAUGUUGCCCUUUACACAAAAAAAGGUACCUUUUCCAACUUCGGAUAUGGUCGCAGUAGCUCCAUUGACAGUAUGUUGAAAUGAUUUUAAGGAGCGAUCAACUGUUUCUGUCUUUUGUUGUUGGUUGAAAGCAAGACCAACAUAGUUACGUGCAAUAACACGUCUAUACAUGUUUACAAUAAAAAAGAGUGGCAGCCCCCCGAAAAAGAUAAAUUUAUUAAACACCGCAUUUCUGUCGAUUUAUAUCCACUAAACAUGUCCUAUCGUCAGCAUCAAAUAGAAAAGAUUAAGCAACUCAUGGAAAUCACUCAAUUGAGUGAGAGAGAGAGCACUCAGGCAUUAAAGAUGGCAAACUGGAGUUUACAACUAGCCAUUAACUCAGUGUUUGAACAAAAAAGAAAUGUAGAUGUUCAAAAAAUCAAGGCCAUGUUUAACAAAUAUAAAGAUUCACAAAGACCAGAUGCUAUAUCUGUAGAUGGGACAAUGACCUUGUGUGAGGACCUUGGUAUUGAACCAACUCAGCUUGAGUUCUUAUUACUUUCCCAUCAACUAAAUUCUGAACGAAUGGGCGAAUUCACCAAAGAAGGCUUUGUCAAGGGUUGUGUUGACUUAGAGGCUGAUAACAUAGAUAAGCUGAAAAAAGAGCUUGAGACAACAGUUGUAAAUAACUAUCAUACUGAUGAAGGAUUUAGAAAAGUGUAUCAUUAUGCAUUUUUAUUUGGAAGACAAACUGGACAAAAGAGCUUGGCACUGGAAGCAGCCAUUGAAUUAUGGAGAUUACUAUUAUCUGAUAGUCAAAUCAAUACGGAUUUACAAAACUAUAAUCCUGAAGAAGCAUGGCCCAUACUGAUUGAUGAGUUUGUAGAAUAUCAAAAGCAACAAUAAAAAAAGCCUACAGUUAUUUCGGCUAAUUCACGGAGACGACGGACAGUAGAACGAACAGUG